CCUUAUCGGUGGAGGGGGAGAAGGGGGGAACUACCAACAUUUAAAAAACAAUAACGGAACACUGUAACCAACAACUCAGACAAUAUUCAUUAUCAGUAUUGUCAUUUUAAAAACAAUGCACUUGACUUGCUACAUGAUUAAGUGCAUGUCCUCUAGUCGUGAAUUGAUGAAGUACGCGUAAAUUGUGAUUCGAACUGGCUCUUCUCGGUUCAUUUAGCCGCUGAUUUCAAGUUUUCAUCAAAUUUAGGCCUCCAAGAAAUACAAUAAUAAGAGUUGCUCGAUUGCAGUAGCUGCUAAUUGCUGUCAGAAUUUCUUAUCAAGAAGUGGUUCUGUUCAAUGUGAGGGAAGUUGAGAAACUAUUGCCAAAGAACUUCUGAAAUGGCACAGACCGAAAGCAUUCAACCUAAGGACGCAAGAAGUAUUGACAUUCCUUGUACGCAAGAAGCCUUUCGGAAUCUCAAAAAUGCGAAACGAUUUGCAAUUGACAUAGGUAUCUCGCUGACAAAGAUUGCAUACUAUUCCACCGUCUCACAUCGUCGAGUUCAUUAUGAUACUGAAAGAGAGGAAGGCAAACCCAGAAUUCCUGACCGAAACUCCUUUGUCUACGAAAUUUCAGAGGGAGCAAGGCUUCAUUUUAUCAAGUUUGAAACAAAGUAUAUAGAACACUGUUUGGACUUUGUAAGGGCCAAUCUGAUUCAAAGCAAAGAAAAAAUGGCUGGUAAAACAAUUAAAGCUACAGGCAUCGGCACAUUCAAACAUGCUGAUCUACUCCAAGAUAAGUUAGGACUGUCAGUCGAUAAAGAGGAUGAAAUAGAUUGUCUCAUAAAAGGAUGCAAUUUCCUGCUUAAGAAAAUUCCUAAUGAGGCUUUCACAUACCAUCGUCACGGCGACCCAGAAUAUGUUUUCCAAUCUGCUGACCCCAAUAUUUUUCCGUACAUGCUUGUUAACAUUGGCUCUGGAGUGAGUAUCAUGAAGGUUGAAAGUGAAAGUUGUUACGAAAGGAUUGGAGGCACAGCUACUGGGGGUGGUACUUUCUGGGGCUUGGGGUCACUUUUAACAUCUGCAAAAGGUUUUGACGAGCUGCUCAAUCUGGCUGAGAAAGGUGACCAUAGGAAUGUGGAUGUUUUAAUCGGGGAACUGGCUGGAAGUGAUUAUGGGAAAUUUGGUUUGUCUGAAAAUUUAAUUGCCACUGCUUUUGGGAAAGCGAUGAAUUGCAACAGUGAUUCAAAUGACAAAACCAAGUCUCAAUUUGCUGAAGCUGACAUAGCUAAAAGCUUACUUUUCACAAUUAGUAAUGACAUUGGACAAAUAGCCUGUUUGUAUGCCAUGAUGCAUAAUUUAAAAAAGGUGUACUUUGGUGGCCAUUUUUUGAGGAAUCACCCACUUAGCAUGCAUACAGUUAGUUUUGCUAUCAACUACUGGAGCCGAGGCCAAGUCCAAUCGCUGUUCCUGCGACAUGAGGGGUAUCUGGGAGCUAUUGGUGCAUUUCUUAAGGGGGCAGAGGAAUGUGACACCGAUAAAUAUUCUUGGCAAGAGAAUUAUGAUGGUAGCUCUGGUUUGCAAGGAACAGUUGUAACUCCCCUUCUCUCUGGUCUGCCUGUGAGCCAGUUGGAAAUAGACCGGUGGGAGUCUGCAGUUGGUUUCUGCCCAUUGCUUGCAGAUCCUGCAAGUUAUAUUGCAGAUACUGUAAACCUCACUCAAGACAAUGAAGCAAGACACUAUUGGUUGGAUAGCUUUGAGACUUCCAUUGACAAGUAUGUGCAGAAAGCAGUUGUGAGUCAGCCUGAUUCAGCAAAUGCCGUAGAAAGAGGACAGCGAUUUCGGGACAAAUUUGUGGCCCGAGUUCAGUAUUUAAGAACCCACCCCUUUGCAUAUGGAAGUCUUACUGUGCGCAGCCUCCUGGACACCAUGGAGCAUUGUCUACGUGAACUAGACUUUCCUGAUCCAUAUUUGCUUCAAAAGAAAGAAGAGAAUGAAGCAGCUCUAGAACAGCUAGCAAGGAGAUUUGCUGAGUUGGAUUGCAAGUCUGGAUCUGUGCUUCAUGAAGAACUUGUCACAUCUAUACUUGCUGGCAAUAUGUUUGAUUGGGGUGCUGCGGAGGCUGUGAGGCUGAUGGAGAAAGGAUCCUUUGGUUUUGAAGAAGCUUUGAGCAAAAUUGAAUCCCGACCAUGGCUGGUUGAUGAUCUGGACCUAUGGUUGCAUCACAUAGAGAUAAGACAGCCUCAUAAAUGUGCUGCUAUAUUUGUUGACAACUGCGGUGUGGAUUUAGUUCUUGGAAUUAUCCCAUUUGCAAGGGAGUUGUUGAAAAGAGGCACACGUGUGUUGCUUUGCUCCAAUUCAGAGCCGGCUUUGAAUGAUGUCACUCACAGCGAACUCCUGGGUGUUCUUGCCAGAGCAAGCACUAUUUGUCCUAUUAUGGAAAAAGCAUUGAAAGAUAAACUCCUUAUUCCUGUGCCUACUGCACAGUCUGGGCCAUGUUUGGAUUUUAGCCGAGUCAGCAUACAACUUAUUCAGGCUAUGAUACAUUACCAAGUAGACCUUCUCGUGAUAGAAGGGAUGGGGCGGGCACUUCAUACCAAUCUUCUAGCAAAGUUUAAAUGUGACUGCCUCAAGUUGGCAGUAAUUAAAAACCGCUGGCUUGCCCAACGCUUAGGUGGAGACAUAUUCUCUGUUUUAUGUAAAUUUGAGCCAGCUCCUACUUCAAGAUGUGCUUGUUGAGGAACCAGACCAACUACUGCAAGCAAACACUCUGCCUGCCUAAAGUGAUGGAGGUAUUAUGACCCUUGGUGGGUUUUUUCUUCCAUUUUAUUUUGUUCUUGUCAUCACUUAUAUCAUUUGUAACAAGAAUUUUUUAAAUUUUUUUCUGUUGUUGAAGGAUGUUCAUUCUUGGUGUGUUACUUAUUUAGAGCUACAUGAUCGGGCUUAAGCAACAUAAGCUAGUUACCACUGUGCCAUAAUUUUUCAAAUUAAAGACAAAUGGUUCUUUGUAAGAUAUGUUUGUUUCUAUAAAAGACAAAUUAGAGAGAAUUUUUUACUUAUGAGUUAAGAGUAGGUAGGUCAUUUUAGGUCUGGGCAUAGAUCAUUACCUAAAGGUGUUGAUUGAGACUGAGUGGCCUGAGCUGUUCUGUUUUUUAAUGUAUUAUUUCUUUUGCUUUUUAAAUACAUUUAUUUCCCAUCAUUUUCAAUGUCCCUGUUGGCAGUGGCCUUCAUAUAUCUUUAUUGGUCAAUUUAAUUAACACAUUCAUACUUUUUUGUUGUUGUUAUUGUUAUUCUAUCACCUGUCCUUUGAAUGAAGUUCCACUGUAUUAAUUAUUAUUGUAUUGAUUGUCACAAUCACCUGGUUGCUCAUGAUUUUAGUUGUUAGGUUGAUGAUCCAAAUGAGGUUUGAUUGUUACCAACGCAGUAUCUAAUUGUAUUGAAGGCAAUAAUUAUUGUUUAUUUCUUAGAUAUCAAAAAAGUAAAUGAAUGUGAUCUGUU